UGUUUUUACGAGAGCACUGAAUACAUUCGAAAGAUAUCUUUGAAUUUCAGAGCACUGUUGACUAUAUGUUGGAGACGCCAAUUUAUCGUGUUCGCGUUAAAGUUUUAUCGACAGUAGCCUAAAUUCACAGCCGGCAUGGGAAGAAGGCGUUCGAGAAAGCUAAUCAUUAUCAGAGGUCUACCUGGAUCAGGAAAGACCAGAAAAGCAAAACAGCUGUUGAAUGAGUAUGGAGGUGGAAUAAUAGUGAGUGCGGAUGAUUACUUUCGAAAUGGUCCAGAUGGCGAAAUGGUCGACUUUCACCCCAGCAAACUCAGGGUAGCUCAUGAAAGGGCAAUGGAGAAGGCUUCGGAUGCUAUGUCAAGGAAAGAAAAUCCUGUCAUCAUUGACAACAUCAAUAUGGAAUUUCAGUACAUGUAUCCUUAUGUUUUCAUGGGUUUUCGCCGAGGGUAUUGGAUUGAGUUUGUUGAUUUGGUGGAUGAGGAGGCUUCCCCUGAUGAGUAUUACAGGCGCUGUCAAGAAAGGAUCCCUUUGGAGAAGUUUGAAAAAUGGCUGGAUGCCUACAGAAGAGUAAGACAUAUUUAUCAAAUUCUGUAUGACCCAGUGUCAAGACGCAGGUGGAAGAACUACCGCUGGUAAUAUGGAAUUGGACAAAACAUUGCCAUAUGUAAUUCCAUGCAAAACUAAUAUAACAAGUCAUCACAUUUCCAUGCACAUAUACUCCCUAAAACUGAUGCUUUGUCUUAACUGAUGCUUUUAAUCUGAAAUACUUUACCAGCGAGUCAGAGAGGAAGUUGUUUUCUAACUCGAAAUUGGAUCCAUAUGAACAUUUCAAUUAUAGCUUCAGAGUCUGUUGUCUAUUUGUUUCUUUUGCAUGUACUUCAGAGUAGAUAUGUUAACAUGGGCAUGCUCACAAAGGCAAAGAUUUUCUUUGUUGUUUAUUUUCUUCUACUUCUUUUUGGGCGGUUCAGCAAGUCACCAAAUAAAUAAAAUAAAAUAAAAUUAAACAAAAUCGAUGAUAAGAAUUGGCAUGCACGGCUAGAUGUAUAAGAUUGGAUGAUGGGCCACAUUUGAUGCUUUGUUACGUAAGUUCCUCUUUACUGUUCCUUGUUGCUCCUACUAUCAGUGUUGAGUGUGUUACUUGUUGUUAUGCAAAGGGAUUGUUUUAUGCCCUCACACAGUAACUUAAAGACUUAAAAUGAUGCUAAACUGACUUAUAAUACGGAGAAUGAAGUCUCUGACAUUUCCAGUGAAUGAACACUUGAUAUUACACUAGGCAACGUUGUUGAUCAGGUAGGAUCAAGACCCUUGUAGUGAGUUUUCAGAGUUAUAUCAUAUGCCAUUUCAUUCUAUGUUGGGGGAAAAAACACAUUAUCUGCAUUACUGACACAGGUUUUGUCAUCCAUGUUUUCCUAAGCAGUAGGACUAUACCUACACAAUAAUUACAGACCUACUCAUUCAAUCCAGAGUUGAGCCAAUCCGGAGUAGGAAUACGAGAUGCUACUGCUGAAGGACCAGGUGUUUAGCUCAUUAGCUGAUGUUAUUUUGACUAAAAAUGUCAUCCAGUUUACAAUGAAUAAAAUGUUCAAUGUGUAUGUUCAUUUGUAUUUCUGACUGUUUUGGUUGUUUUUAUUACAUGGCACAUUAUUGUUCUCUUCAGUUAUGUUUUUGGGUAGGAAGGGGAAAUUAGGAAAAAAAAAAGGAUACUCACAUCCAAUUGUCUUCAACAAUGUGUAACAAGCAAUGCCUCUAUGAUAGAAAGACUGAGAAAACUGACACGGAAGUAGGGUAUUUCAAGUGAGAAAGAUCAGUAUAAGAGUAUAUAUUUGUAGUUGUUUGCUCACAAGUGGAUAUAGCAAAGGAGCCUAUCAUCUGCUAAAACUCUGAUACCCAUGCUGACCAUGAGAAUGACGGCCCUCACAAGAUCUCGUUCCAACAAAUCUGGCCCACUGCCGACUAGAAGACUCAGGCAUAUUUCUUCUUACUACAUGUAUGCAUUGGUAGACAGUGUAUAAUAAUAUGUCUUAGAAUAGACCUGGACACGUUGUCCAGCCUCUCAACCCUGGACUCCGGACAGGACUCGGCCAGGUGGCAACAAUGUAUGCACUGGCCCUAUAGGCCAGUGACCGAUAACAAAGAAGGAUAAAACCUUAGCUGUAACUGUGAGCUGGAGGAACG